CAAAUGCGAAGGACAGGAUUCUUUCCACUCGGAAAAAAAAGAACAGAAAAAAGGAUAGGAUUCUUUGCCUCCAACCCUAGCGGUGUUCUUACCUUUUCAACUUAUCAUAUCCCAUCGAUCCUUAAGUGCGAGCUAGCCUCCCUGCUGUCGUGAGCGGCGGCUACCUCGAGCAAGUGAGGUCGGGGGAGAGUGAGAGAGACAGAGUAACAACGAGCCUGCAAGUCAUCGACGCUAGCUAGCGUUCAAUCGCGCGCAGAGCCGCCGACAUGAGGAUAUCACAUCUCCAAUACAUGAUAUCACAUCUCCGACAUUUGAUAUUUUUCACUGGUUUCUCUCAGCCGGCCAUCUCAUUGCCAGUUGCCGAACAGCUAUGGAACCAGUGGGAGAUACAAAGCCUGGUGCUGAUUGCCUACCUGUUGGCCGACUACGUCGCAACCUUCACCCUGGGCCGCCUGACGCUCCACCUGGAUGAGCCGCGGCACCAGCUCUUGCUCUUCUGGACGCCAUUCCUGCUGCUCCACCUCGGUGGCCAGGAGACGAUCGCGGCCUUGUCGACGGAGGACAGCCUGCUGUGGAAGCGGCACCUCCUGAGCCUCGUCUCGCAGGUCCUGCUGGCCAUCUACAUCGUCACCAAGUCAUGGCACGUCGUCAGCAACAAGCAUCUCAUGGCGCCCAUGGUGCUCAUGUUCAUCUCUGGGACAAUCAAAUACGCGGAGAGAACAUGGGCGCUGAUGGCCGCCGGCAGCGCCAUGACGCCCGGGAGCAGCUCCACCUUGUCAGACUAUGUGCUCAACGUGGAGGGCAGUGUCCUUGACGAUGCACAGUCCUAUUUCCAGAGGCUCCAUGAUUAUCUAUCAGCCACUGACCACAAGGGCAGGAUAGAUUACCAGGGCCUCGUGGAGGUGGCCGGCAAGGGGGUCCGGAUAUGCUUGGAUUUCCUGACAGACAUGACCCCUUUCUUGAUGUGGCACAAAGGCAACAUCAUCGACCGAAGCAUCAAGAAGUUCCAAGACCUGAAGAAGCAGGAGCACCGGCACAAGAUCGCUUACAAGCUGGCUGAGAUCCAGCUCUCACUCAUCUAUGACUUCAUGUACACCAAGUAUGGAGUUCUUCAGUACCACCUCAACAUGGUCACCAGUGGCAUCCAGCGGUUUGUCACGUUUGGCACGACCACCGUAGCGCUGGGGCUGUUCCUCAAGGCUGACCUUGAAGGGCACUUCUCCAACGACGUCAGAGCCGACGUCGUGGUGUCUUACAUACUGCUAGGCGGUGCCGUCGCGCUGGACCUGUCCUCCAUCUUCCUGGUGCUCUCAUCAUACUGGCCUUACCUGCCUGGUAGAAACCCCUUUGGCAAAGAUGCAGGGUUCCCGGGUAAGCGUUUAAUGUUCAGUCUGACGACCAGGCUUGUGUAUCCAAUGCGCAAGAGUUUUUGGUCAGGGCAGAUGUCUCAAUACAACCUGAUUGGCGAGUGCAUCCACGAGAAGGAAGCUAAUCUGUUGGUCAAGGUCCUGCUCAAGGUCGGCCUCAUGUCUGACGUCAAGACAGUGCAAGUCUCUCCUGAGCUCAAGGAGUUCGUCUUCAGGAAGCUGCUGGACACAGGGGCCACUCGGCACGUGAAUGAGUACUGGAAAUGGGACUCCAGCGCGUUCACCGGCCAGUGGGCACGGUGGGCGCUGGAGAAAACGCAGGAAGGGAAGUCGGUGGAUCAGUCGGUGCUCAACCUGGAAGGAAGGCGGAACCAUCGCUGGUGUCGUCCUCAUGUGGCACAUCAUCACGGAGAUGUGCUUCUACACCACUUCCAGCGCCAUGGACAAGGACAGCACCACCGUGCCAUACAGGAACAUGAGCUUGCACAUGUCCGACUACAUCAUGUACCUUGUCGGGAAAUGCGGCGUCAAGAGCGGAAGCAAUGGGCAUUUCGAGCUUGGUAAGCUCCGGCGCGACGUCAGGAAAGCCAUCUCUGACAGGAGCCAUUUCUCCAGGGGCCGCCUGGAGCAGAGCAAGGUAGUCAUGUACGGGUACGAGGGCCGUGGGUUCUUCACUUCCCGUGCCAGCGCUGCCGCCAAGGAGCUGCGCAAGAUCACGGAUCCGUCUGACCGAUGGGAGAUCAUAGCCACCGUGUGGGCUGAGAUGCUCUGCUACCUUUCACAGAACUGCGAGGCUGUAUUCCACAUCAAGAGCCUCAGCACCGGCGGUGAGUUCAUCACGCACGUCAGGAUCUUAUCCAUUAUUCUGGGCAUUCCUUUCCUCCGGGAGGCGUGGCUAACUACAGCUAAGGACGAUGCCGAUUAUUCCGAUUUCGUAAUGUUCUAACUCAAAUAGCUUGGAGGACCACAAGUUCAACCCUUUUGAAGAAGCUGGCUAUAUUGCGACCGAUUAUGCUGACGAAGAUGAAGUAUAAUUAAUUAGUGUGCUUGUUGUGGAUCUUGUCAGACGUUUUAAGCAAAAAUGUAUUCUAUAUCGCUACGUGUUAUGUUUGACUUUUGCUAUGUAAAACUUUUAUUCUAUUGUUGCAAAUAAGUGCUUGGAUAACUGCUGAUUGCAGGUGUAUCGUGUUGUAAGAUUGGUUUGCCAUUGCUGAAGUGCAAUACUAUGGUUUAUUAUAAUC